AUGCCGCCAAAAGUUGCAAACGGCCUUCCGGCCAAGGAUCCUGGCCCUCCAAACCAAACUCUUUACGUAAAGAAUUUGAACGACAAAAUCAACAAAGGCGAGCUGAAGCGAGCACUGUACAUGGUGUUUUCGACCUAUGGACCAGUCCUGGAUAUCAUAACCACAAGAGUUGGCUCUAAAACGCAAAGUAUGAGAGGGCAAACACACGUGGUCUACAGAGAUAUUCAAACCAGCACGCAGGCCAUGCGCGCUCUGCAGAGUUUUGAUCUGUUUGGCAAAGAAAUGGUCAUUGUCUAUGGCAAGGGACAAUCGAACAUUAUUCCCAAGCUACGAGGAACUUUCGAGCCAGCACCGGCCCAGAAUGUGUCAGAGGCAACCGACUUGCAAAAAUCCAUCUUCAAUGCGCCUCCCUCAGGAGUUCCUGCGAAGCCAGUCGAGAAUGGCGUGAAGCCGCUGGACGCAGACGGACCACAUGGUGUGAAAAGGCCGCGCGAAGAGGCGGAUGAGGAUGAGCAGUCCGAUGCUCCCAUGGAAGAGGACGAAGAUGAUACGCCGAUGCAAGAAGACUCUGACUGA